AUGGUGGGCUUGCAACCACAUCAAAGACAUGCGCUAAGAUUCUGCAAGCCGGUCUCUUUUGGCCCAAUCUGUGAAAGAAUGUCCACAUUGCUAUUAGAAAUUGCGACCGCUGUCAGCGCACUGGAAACAUAUCUACAUGAGAUGCCGCAAAAGGGCAUUUUAGAAGUAGAAAUCUUUGAUGUGUGGGGAAUAGAUUUUAUGGGACCUUUCCCAUCUUCCUUUGAAUAUAAUUACAUACUUGUCGCAGUAGAUUACGUGUCUAAAUGGAUAGAAGCUGUAGCCUCACCCACAAACGAUGCACAAGUAGUGAUUAAGAUGUUCAAGAAUAUAAUCUUCCCGAGGUUUGGUGUACCAAGAUUAGUUAUUAGCGACGGAGGAUCCCAAUUCAUAUCUAGAAUUUUUGAAAAACUCUUAGUAAAAUAUGGAGAUCGACACCGUGUAGCGACACCUUACCACCCACGAACGAGUGGACAAGUUGAAGUCUCGAAUAGACAAAUCAAGAAAAUUCUUGAAAGGACUGUUGCCACAUCUAGGAAGGAUAGGUCAACUAAGUUACACGAAGCAUUGUGGGCGUAUAGAACCGCCUACAAGACACCUAUAGGAACCACGCCUUUCAAAUUAGUGUACGGUAAAUCAUGCCAUCUACCGGUAGAACUAGACCAUAACGCCUACUGGGCCAUAAAAACCUUAAACUUAAGUUACACUGCCGCAGGCGGACAAAGGCUAUUAGAUAUUAACGAGUUGGAGGAAAUUAGAUUGGAUGCUUACGAGAAUGCUAGGAUUUAA